CUCAGACGAGGCUCUCAAACUCUUCCGCCCAAAUUCUCCAAACGCAAUUUAUUUCUUCGAUUAAUCUUCAGGUGCGGUUUCUUCAAAGCUUUCAAUUUAGACUCUCUAAUGCCUUAUCUAAGUUGAUUCUUCAAUUGAUGCUGCCCUCCAAAGUUUGUAUUUGAGGGAUUUAUACUGGAUAUCUGCUCAUUGAUCUAAAGAAUAGUAUCCGUUAUUUAUCAUUCUCGUUCUCGUAUAUUCCGAUAGGUCUGAGCUGUUGCCAUGGCUACAUCUCAUCUACCAGCUAAUACGGAUUCCCUCGCGCAUGCUUCUGAAGCCAAAACCCCAGCCGAGUCCAUUUCUAUUCUUUAUCGGGUACUUGAUGAUCCUUCUACUUCUCAAGAGGCCAUAAGGAUUAAGGAGCAAGCCAUCACAAAUCUAUCGGAUCUUCUUAGACAGGAAAAUAGGGCACAGGAACUUACCAACCUCUUGACCCAACUUCGUCCCUUCUUUUCGAUAAUCCCCAAGGCAAAAACAGCGAAAAUUGUUCGUGGGAUCGUUGAUUCAUUAGCCAAAAUACCUGGUACAUCUGAUCUUCAGAUUGCACUUUGCAGAGAAAUUGUAACAUGGACCCGAGCUGAGAAGCGAACUUUCCUUCGCCAGCGGAUUGAGGCAAAGCUUGCAGCUCUGUUGUUGGAGAAUAAGGAGUAUACUGAUGCUUUGGCCCUCCUGUCUGAACUUAUCAAAGAGGUGAGAAGACUGGAUGACAAGUUGCUUCUUGUUGAGAUUGACUUGCUGGAGAGCAAGCUCCAUUUUUCCUUGAGAAAUCUACCCAAGGCCAAAGCUGCGCUUACUGCUGCGAGAACGGCAGCAAAUUCAAUUUAUGUUCCUCCAGCACAGCAGGGCACGAUCGAUUUGCAAAGUGGGAUUCUCCAUGCCGAGGAAAAGGACUAUAAAACAGCUUACAGCUAUUUCUAUGAGGCAUUUGAAGCUUUUAAUGCCCUUGAAGAUCCUCAGGCCAUAUUUAGCCUUAAGUACAUGUUGCUGUGCAAAAUCAUGGUUAGCCAGGCUGAUGAUGUGGCUGGAAUAAUAUCAUCACCCAAGGUGGGCUUGCAAUACCAGGGUCCAGAACUUGAUGCAAUGAAAGCAGUUGCCAAUGCUCAUUCCAAACGCUCUCUUAAGCUUUUUGAGACAGCUCUUCGGAAUUAUCGGGAACAGUUGGAAGGUGAUCCGAUUGUCCACAGGCACCUUUCAUCACUCUAUGACACUUUGUUGGAGCAGAAUCUUUGCAGGUUGAUUGAACCAUUCUCCAGGGUAGAAAUAGCUCAUAUUGCCGAACUGAUUGAGUUGCCAGCUGACCAUGUUGAGAAGAAGCUAUCGCAGAUGAUUCUGGAUAAGAAGUUUGCUGGAACUCUGGAUCAGGGGGCAGGUUGCCUUGUGAUAUUUGACGAUCCCAAAGCAGAUGCCAUUUACCCAGCCACUUUGGAAACCAUUGAGAACAUGGGAAAGGUUGUGGACAGUUUGUUUACAAGAUCUGCCAAGAUAAUGGCUUGA